AGGUCUUCUUUGCUCGUCCUCUGCGCCGACAGCCGCAAUUCUACGCCGCCUCCCGACAGCCCCAGUCGUCUCCCGUCGGACGCCGGCUGCUCAGGAAACACAGCGAAUGUCACCUGCGGAAAUCUCUUGAAAAAAGUGCCAACGUCUUAAUUUUGUUCUCUCCCCCCCUCUCACCGGACCGUGGGACCACGCCGAACUACAACACCUUCUGAGGGCGAAGCAAGCAGCCAUCAGAGAGGCUGAAGAGAGAAACCGCACCGUCUACGUUUGCGACCAGUGUUAAAGCGCCGUUGUUGUUUUUUUUUUUGGAGGGGGGCAAGUUCGUCUGUAGUUGUUAAAAGUUGUUAGCCUGAUUAGUUAGCAUCGUCGGCAUCAUGACUCGGAGAUCCUGUGCCAUAUACGCCACCGGAAUCGUGUGUGCUCACCUCCUGAUCGUGGGGAUCGCCCUGGUCGUGGCUCAAGUCUUCCAAACAAUGAUACAUAGCCGGUUAAAAAAGGAAAUCACUUUGACGGAGAAGAGCCAAAUGUUUGAGUCAUGGAAGAACCCACCCCCACCAGUGUACAUGGAAUACUACUUCUUCAACGUGACCAACCCAGACGAGUUCUUGGCCGGUAAGAAGCCAUCUGUGAAACAGAUCGGACCCUACACGUACAGAGAAUACAGGCCGAGGGAAAAUGUGACUUUCCUGGAGAACGGCACCAAGGUUUAUGCCCUGAACCCCAAAAGCUUUGUCUUUGUCCGUGAGAAGUCAGCUGGCGAUCCCGAGGUUGACAUCAUCAGGACUGUCAACAUUCCCUUUGUGGCGGUAAUGAAUGAGCUUAACUCCUACUCCUUUGUCCUGCGUACUGUGGUGUCCCUAUUGAUGAACGGCGUGGGUAUCGAGAUUUUCAUGGCACGUACCGUCCACGAGGUCCUCUGGGGCUUCAAGGAUCCCCUGCUCUCGCGAAUACAUGCCAUGAAGCCUGACGUGGAUGAGUAUUUCGGGCUGAUGUGGAAGAAAAACGGAACUCACGAAGGGGAGUUUGUGUUCAACACCGGCGAGCACAACUACUUGGAUUAUGGCAAGAUCGACACAUGGAAUGGCUUGAGGGAGAUGACAUGGUGGUCGUCCAAUCAGAGCAACAUGAUCAAUGGCACCGAUGGCGCAGUCUUCCACCCUCUGCUGUCGAGGGACGAGCUGCUCUAUAUCUUCGCCGCUGACCUCUGCAGGUCCAUCCAUCUGGCCUACGUGAAGGACGUGGAGGUGAAAGGCAUCCAGGCUUACCGCUUCGCACCCCCAAGUGAUGUGCUUAUGAGCCCCAAAGACAAUCCCACCAACGCGGGCUUCUGCGUGCCAGCCGGAGACUGUCUCGGUACCGGGGUGCUUAAAGUCAGCGUUUGUCGAGAAGGUGCUCCUAUCGUGGUGUCGUUCCCCCACUUCUACCAGGCGGACGAAAAAUACAUCACUGCCAUUGAUGGGCUACGGCCCAACAAGGAGGAGCACGAGACCUACCUCGAUCUGCAGCCGACCACAGGGGUUCCUAUCCGGGCCUGCAAGAGAGCCCAGCUCAAUAUCAUUCUCAAGAGAAUCCAAGGCUUCCCCAAAACCAAAUUCAUCAACGAGACCAUUUUCCCCAUCAUGUUUGUCAAUGAGACGGCCAUCAUCGACGAUGAGUCGGCUUCUCAGAUGAGGACGUUGCUGUUGAUCGUGACACUCGUGUCCAACUUCCCACUGCUCAUCGUGGGCAUGGGCCUCAUCUUGCUGCUGGUGCUUGUCGUCCUGUUCUGCCGAAACCGCCAGAAAAAGAAUGAAGUAAAACGCAUUGAUUUUACUGAAGCUUUUCAUUCUUUUACUACGGCGAAGGACGACACGGCCUACGCUCCGGUCAGCGACAAGCCCGAGGAGCCCACGGAGACACACGCCAGCCAGCCAAUGAGGAACGGCUCCUACAUCGCCAUGUCACCAGUGGAGGCCCAGAAAUGUUGAUGGGGGGGCAGUUGAUGGCGUCUUAAGGGGCUCAGGAAAGGGGACUGGGGGAGCAGUGGAGGGGUUGGGAAUUUCACACACACACACACACACACACACACACACAACAGGCUUUUUUUCCCCUCUCUCUCAUUUUCCUUGAUUAGGAAAAAGGGGAUGAUAAGGGGGCGGGACAAAAGUUCCAGCAAAUGUUUUGCCAGUCCCAAGACGCUGCUCCUCUCGCUGGACCCCCCUCAUAACCGACUGACUGCUUUUCUGUCCCUGCUGUGCACGGUCCCCCACUGGACCCCCCGCCACUGCACCACAGCAGCCCCCCCCACUCGUCCCCCCCAGGACCAAUGCUGGGUUGGGGGGGGCAUGGCCCACACAAGCCUUCUUUUCUUUUCCUUUAUUUUUUUCCUCUAAAAGGAGCUGGUGGGGCAUGGUUUGCGUGAAUGCCUGGGGGGGGGGUCCUCUGUGUGGACGCUCACCAGCCAACCAGUACAGCUCAGAGAGUGUAUUUGACAGUUAGUAUUCAACCUGAACAACCACAGCUGUCUUGUCAGAUGCAUUCUUGCUCUUUUUGUUUUAAUUUUAUGGCAUUUUUUAUUACCGUUCUAGUUUUUUAAUGCCGCUGUCUCUCCCGUGUUGAUGUGAGGUGACCCUCUAAACUACGCCAACAGAUUUAAAAAGCCUGCUCUUACAAACAGAACCUUAAUGAUACCCCCCCACCCACAAUUUAAGCCUGAGCUCCUGCGUUCACAGUAUGAAACUGUACUUGUAUCUUUUUUGUAAAAAAAAAAAAACAUAAGAAAGAAAAUGGACUGAGCCAAACUAUUUAUAGCAUUUUUGCCUUUUUCUUUUUUUUUUUUUAGAUAAAUUGGUGCACCCAACUUUGCAUCCUAAUAUCACAGUGGAAAGGUGUAUGUGUGUGUAUGUGUGUGCGCGCGUGCGCGUUCGUGCACAUUUCUUAAACUUGCGUGUCCUGUUUUGAUGGAUGAUGGCAACUUCUUGAUGCAGGAAAAGUGUAGUAUAGCGCCAAAAGUACUAGUGAUCCCCCCCCCCCCCAUCCUUUUCUGAACACUAGGUGAAGACGUAGGUCUGCAAACAUUUCAAGGCGAGGACCAGGUGAGGGCCUCGGCCUGCCUGCCUGCUGCGGAGCCGCGACAGUCGCUGGACAGCCGAGUUUAACGAAACACAACCACAGAGCUUACAAAGGGAGACUCGAACCCACUCUCUGCCUUACAACGUUCCAGUGUCCUUUUUGUUUAUACGCCGUCAAAAUAAGCUGGAAACCUUGUUUGUUUGUUUUUUUUCCUUGCUUUUCCAUUCCUGUCAUUACUGUACAUAUUUGUAAAGGGGAAACGUCGGGACUACCUCUGACCAAAUCCAGCGAGUAGUCCCUCCCAGGUCUUUCAGAAGACACUAGAGCUCAGCUCACUUUGACCACUCGCAGGCGUCUACACUUCGACUUUAGAGAAAGCACAAUCUGGUUUGAUAAAACUAGUCCUCACACUAGGCUACCUUUUUGUUUUUUUCCUAAGAUAGCUCGCCUGGUCGAAGACACAGGCAGGUGCCGUACCGGUGGACUUGUUAUUUUGGGGCAUCCUCUUUUCCCCCCUCACAUGCACCGCUAAGCACCGUGCAUGGGGUGGGUUGCCGGGGAGUUGUGGGUAUUAUUUCGGGAGCCUGGGCACCGGACAAAUUCGCAGACACUAAAUGGUAAAGCGGGGGUUUGCAGACCCUGUCCGGGUCCCGGGCCAGGCAUUCAGGCAAAACACAGCACUUGAAUCACUUGUCGGUCUUAACGUUGGAUGUUGUGUUUUCAUUUUCUCUUGUCGGUCACCUUUGUGUCGCAGCCGGGGCUUUUGGCUGCUGCCACCGGAAGUUGAAUUGUGAUGCCUGCGCUUCUCCUCCCGGGAAGUCGUGCCCCGUCUGUUUUCAUCCAAGUUCUUGUUCUGUUUGGUCCUUGGUCGCUUCAGCGGAACCGGUCCUUGUGUAACAUUUCGGCGGGUUUCCCUGUCAAGCUAUCGGCUGUGAUGGAUGUUGUUUUAGAUUGAAACAACGGACACAUGCCUUUUUUUUGUUUUGUACUUGCUUUUCAGCACAUGGGGUGUCUUCUUUUUUAUAUAUACAUAUAAAUAUAUAUAAAUAUAUUUUCUAUUUGUUACUGCUGCUAACGAUUGCCAUAACCUAUGGACUUGUAUUGUCUAUGGAUAGUUACCAUGACGUGCUCAGCUUUUAGUUGGAGGUGGCGCCACGGCCCAGUGAGCUGCUGCGGGUGCGGCGGCGGCCGCCGUGGCCCUCACCCUUGACACCUGGGAAAAACGUGAGCACAGGAUACAAAGCCCAAAGCUUGCUGCCAUUUUAUCAGAAUUAGCAGUUUUAUCCGAAUCCGCAGUUAACGAUAGCGCGCAACAGUUUUUGUAAGGAUGAUUUGUAAUGCUGAAUAACCACAGACCCGUUAGCAGGGGGGUAUCUGAUCAUGUUCUUGGUUUCUCGGGGUUGUGAUAGCACUAGUAAACUGGACAUUUCCCCCUAGCUGGACACGACGCAGUGCCAUCUGGGUAUGUUGAUGCCAUUCGGGGUUGGUGGCGGAAGAUUCUGGGUAUAUUGUGUAAAUCCAUGGUGGGUCCUUUAAAGAAUUCACAGCUUGGCCUCUUGUUCCACAUCUUAUCCAAGCAAUCGCGGCCUCGGAGACCUCCGCUGUUCUUUUCUAGAUCACCGUAUCGGCUGUUAACCUCCUCGAUGACUUGAACCCAAGAGACCUUAACUCCAGCAAGUCCCGCUGAGUGUGUGCGUUCGUGCGUGCGUGUUCACGCCAGCAUGCAAGUGUCUGUUUGCUUGUGCGGAGCCUGUUUAAACAGACACGCACCUGAGCCAUCGCUCCUCCGCAGACUUCCAUUACACCGACCUUUGAGUUCGAUCAUUCGAGCCCAUUGGCCCGUCCUGUUUGACCAAAGAUAACCCACAUGGAUCUGUCCCGACACCCUGUUUACUCUCCUUCGGUGACACCGGCCGUGCCGCCAGCCGCCGCCGCCUACCUUUUUACUAAUUGUGCCAUGACCCAUGGGAAGGAUAUACUACAGUGUUGUGUGUACGUGUGUUUGUGUGCAUGUGCUUUUUUUGCAAGAGGGUAAAACGAAGUUUCACAAUUGGUUGUGAUAUCAAAGUAUAGUGGUGGGUAUUGAGUUUUUCACACACACAGUGAGUGUUCAUGUGAAGUUAAAAGUUAUUUUAUGGGCAAAAGAUCUCUCAGUAUUAGGUAUUGACAAAGCAAUACAAAGUUGUGUAAAUUAAACAGUUGUGGAUGCAUUGAAAUUGGCCACAAUAUUUAUGUAUCUUAUGGUUUUUUUUUAAAAAUUCAUAUUGUUUGUUUUGUGGUCCGAUGUCAUUUCUUUUUUAGUGCAGUUAAAUUUUGUAAUCAACUAGGGUCAAAGCACAUUUCAGUAUUUUUUUUUCCUUUGUUUUCACCAGUCCAGUUUGGAAAGCUGGUCCGGUUAUCUCGUGGUGUUAAGUUCCACAUCAAGACGUUGCAGCCCCUUUUCGAACAUGUCUGUAAGAGAAGAUCUGCACGGUGGGGAGAUGUUGGAUGGCUGCACAAAACUGUUAGGUUUAAACCUGUUUUUGUGGAGGCAAUGCAUUGUUUUUGUUGUUGUUUUUUUUCUUGGUCAGACUGGAGUGAUUUAUUGGAAGGCUGAUUAUCUUCGUAGACGUGGGCAAGGAGGUCGGUUGCCUUGUUGCCAUUAUGGUCCGCAAGUGGAGCACACAGGCGGUCUUACCUGUUUAGAUGAAUGAAGCCCUCCGUCAGGGAUGGAAAGCUAGACUCGAACUUCUCUCAAAAUGUGUCAUCACCGGCUCUCCAGUAUGUUCAGGCAGCAUAUGUCGGCUGCAACUCCCCAACCGAAUUUGUAAAGUCACCAAUUAACAGAUAUUUGCUGACGAGAUACUAAUUUGUUAUUAUUAUUAUUACUGCUGCUGAAAAUGACAAUCCCCUUGUCAUGUUAGGUGCAAGAUAAAGUCACAGUAAUAUCCAUUUUUAGUUUUGAUAAUUUACACUGCACAAAUGUUUCUACAGUGCUUUUGUAAACAUUUCUAGUAUUUCCAAAAAAAAAAAAUUGCAAUAAAUGCAGUCUUCAA